CAACUGCUACCGACGCAACUCGCACCAAGUCCAGCCUCCGAACCCACGACGAUGCGCGUGCAACCAGCACCACCUCACGAGCUGCGGUCCCGCCACCAACGCGCGUCGAUGCUUUUGGGCAUGACGUGGCUCUGCAUGACGCUGGCCGGAAGCGUCUACUACCUCUUUUUGCUACAGCCGCCGCUUGCCAACAACCUCCUUUGGCCUCACUUCAAUGCGUCCGGGUACCAAGCCUUCCUGAUUGACAUUCUAAACGCACUUCUCGAGACGGCGCCAGAUGGCUCGACUGUCGACUUGCACUUGGUGAUGCUCGAGGCGCGCUACAGCAGUCUGCUGGCUACAGCAGUUGUACAUCCAACAUACGCGAUGGCGCUGGCCUCGGCCAAGCUAACGACGCUACCGGGUGCCAUCGCGCGCCUCCGCAACACGUCGGUUGACGAUAAUUUGAUGGCGCAGCCGACGCAGUACUGCUGGGUUGACUUUAACAAGGCGUUUGAGCUCGCGCAUACGGCGGCUCGUCAGCAGCGCUGCCUCGCUCAGUACGCUGCCAACGGCGCCGUGUACCUCGAGUCUGUCUUGCGCAACACGGACCGUCAUGCUUUUGCGGCCGCGUACCAUACUCCUGGUAGUAACUACGAAAUUGCGAUUCUGCGUGGUCUGGAAGGGACGGUCGCGGGCGUUGAAUGGCUUGAUGCCAUCGCAUCGGUUGCGACCAGUGUCGACGAAGAAGUGGCAUAUUGGCAGCGCCAUGGCAUUGGCGCGUUUCGCUACCAGUGGCACAACCUCUUUCUGCCGGGUCUUGUCGAGACAGUGACGCUCCGCAAUGUGUUUGGUCUGGAGACGAGUGUCAUCUUGAAAAGCACCGUCGAGAGCCAGGGCCCUUGGACAACCGUCGUCUUUAGCCCUCCCUUUGUCCUGGAUCUGCUAUUUGCCGGCCACUGCAACGCGAGUCUUAUUCGUGGUACACCGGACGAUAUCCUCAAUACAUGGUGCGAUGGCCAAUCCCCGAGGCCGUUCGAAUCCUUUAUUGGUCUCAGCCCGUACGAGCGCCACAUCGGUGUCGUUCGUGAUACGCUGGGACCGUUUCUAGCGAUCGAUCUGUACAUCGUGCCGGUGCUGUCGCCCGUCGGCGCUUUGGCAACCGACCUUAUCUCUGCGUUUCACGACACCUUGAAUGCAUCGUCCGCAGCUUUGUACUCGGCACUUGACGGUGCUUUGGUGGUGACGCCCGUGCCGCCUGCGUGGCCAAGCGCCGUUCACAUCGACCGACGACUGCACCCGAUCGUCGCAGUGGACCGUCCGCAUACCGCGGCGCUCUUUGGUUCUUGCUCUGGCACUGGUCAACGACUCGAUUGA